AUGAGCGAAGUAUCUUAUCAUAUUAGGAUCCCAUCUUCGGUUGGAAGAUAUAAGAUCCUCAGACAGAUAGGUAAGGGUGGCUUCGCUGUAGUUGUACAAGCAGUUGAUACAAAAACAAACCAGUUCGUUGCAAUCAAGAUUGUUAGUCGACAAGAGAUCCAACGUCAAAACAACAUGAUAUAUUUAGAGAACGAACUCCGUUUAUGUUCAAGAUUCGAUCAUCCAUCAAUCGUCAAAGUUUUUGACAUUAUUUAUGAAGAAGACAUUAUCAUGAUUGUUAUGGAAUAUUUCCAAAACGGAGAUCUUCAGUCUCUAAUUUCUCAUGGAAUACGCCUUUCUUUCGAAGAAUGUAUCCGAAUCUCUUAUCAAAUUUUGGAAGGUUUAACUUACUUGCAUAAGAGAGGAAUUAGUCAUAGAGACAUUAAACCAGAGAAUAUCCUAUUCGAUGAUGCAUAUAAUCCUAAACUUGUUGAUUUUGGCUUAGCAAAAGAAAAUUCAGAUGCCUUAUCAACAUAUUGCGGAACAGCAUGGUAUAUUGCUCCUGAAAUAGUUAA